AGAGCGAAAUGUUUUUAGGUAGCUUUCACUGAUCCUCUACUUUCGCGGUCAUUUCAGAUUUGUGAAAUUUCAUAUUAUGGAGGCGAUGUCUGAUCUUCUAAAUUCGGCGAAAACGGCUGAGUUUUGUAAAUUCAGAGGUCAUUAAUAUCUGAACAAACAAAACGAAGUUCAGCGACCCCACCACCGUGUGCACGUUCUUGUAUCAAGCACCUGUGCGCCGCGCUCGCGGCCGAGAGAACGAAUCUUGUGUGGUGAGCGACAGGCGACGUUAGUGUUUUUCGUUUGGAUGAAUUUCAAAAGGAGCUCCUUUUGACACAGGGCUUUAACGGGAAUGAAGAGUGGCUUCACUAGGGAAGAGGUGGUAGACAUGGCACAUACAGUCCAAGCAGACACGAUUUUCAAUAGGCUCAAUCCACCCAAAUGUGAACACUUGAAACCUCUGUCUGUAUAUUCAAGGAUGAUCACUUGCGACCAAAAGACCAGUCUGCAUUACCCGAGAAAGCUUUGUAAUCCAUUUAUUAAUUUUAAAAUUGAGGUAGUGAACAAUUGCGCUGAAAAAAGGAAAUUAGAUGAUUCCAGUCUCGAUGAUGGUUAUGCGAUUCCAGCAAAAAAGGCCUCUAGUUCAAAGGCUUUGUCCCCAGAUGUCGGGUGUUUCAUGGACUACUGCAGCCCCCCUGCAAGACAGGACUCCAUGUCCCCUUAUGCCAUCUCUAAGCCUGCAUUGUUCAAUAAGACACAAGUUAUUAGGAGUGAAAUAAAAGAAAUUGUGAGCUCUCAGCUACACUUUGAGGAUGUGGAAUGUGGGUCCUCAACAGAGCCAGGGUGUAAUAAGUGGACUGUACCACACCAUUUGAAGUGUGAGAAGGUCCUCUUAAAUCCUGCACCUGCCUUUGACUGUGAUGUUGACGACAUCUUGUGCCUCAAUCCCUUUGGCACUUAUAUUGGUGAAGGAUUUCUUGAUAAUGUAAAGAGCUGCAAAAAUCCAAGUAGCAACACAUUUCAAAAUAAGCCAGUCUUAAUUCCCACUGUGGCACACGGACAAGAGUUGGAAAGAGGAGAUGGGCGAGAGGAGCUGAAGAAAGAACUGUAUCACAAUGUAAGAGAUGUAGAAGAGGAUAAGGGUUAUUUCUCCAUGUCCUACAUUAAGGACCUUAAAAUAGGAAAGGACCCCUCUCAGUCAGUAUACUCUCAGCUGCCUCCAGCUGCCUCUAGCCCCCUGCUCAGGAUAGGUGAGGUUGAGGUGCCAGAGGAUGAAUGCCAUCCUGAACGUUCAUCUGAGCCAGGUUGUAGUCAACAAGCUGCUCUGUCUGGACAGCAUGUUUCCUUCACAGUUAGUGAUUUCAGUCCUAUCGUAGGUGGGCCACUGUCUGUGAACUCUCCUGUAGAGCCGUUAGAAAGUGAUGUUGAAGAGGUGUGGAAUAUUGGUCCCCCCAUGUUUGAAUCAUCAAUAUGUCAAAGUGUCACAGUGAAGUUGAAUGCUGGUAGUGAGCAGAGCAGACAGGUGUCAGAGGAGGUGCAGGGAGGUUUGAGAGAGCCUAUCGAUGAGUGUCAGGACACACCUGGAGACGAAGCCACUCUGGACACCAGUUCCGAAACUACGUUACCUCUCCGAGUACAGGUAAAAUCAGUUGUGGUGGCUCCCAGUUACCACACCUCCAGCAGUAAACCAGUAGCACCUCUUCUGCCAGAGCAGAACACUAAGCCUAGCAAGCCAAUCCCAAAGGAGAACAGAGGUCCCCAGUGUGCCAAAUGUGGUAACAGUGCCAGGAGGCAAAGGCCGGUGAUCUUUGACAGGGAGGCGGACUGGGAGCGUGAGAAACGGCUCUAUGUCCACUCAGUCACCAGACACAUGAAUGAGAAUCGAGGAGCAGGUCAAGAUGUCAUGACUGAGCUGCUGAACCUGAUGACCCAUGUGGCUGAACAGACACCAGGCACUAAUGGCAGACAGUGGCAGCAUCCCUCUGACCUCACACGCAGGAACUACCAAAGACGGUUUGGAAACUUAAUGCCAACAAUGGCCCUCCAUGAAUGGCAGGCCAAGAAUUGUACAACACACAAGCGCUUUGCCAAGGUCCCAAAAAUCUUUGAAAGAAGUCAGUUUCCUUAAGUUAGGAGUUGUCUGUCUUGUGAACAGAUGGCACUUAACCUCGUACGAAAUCAACAUACUUUAGUCCUUUUUAUGAAAAAUAUCUAAUGUUGUGCCAAGUACGAAGGGGGCCUUGUAUCAAUGUUUGCACUGUUUUUCUUUUUUAGUUGAAUUUGUGGUGUGUUUUUGGUUUGUCAGUGUUCCUCCAUGUUUUUCUUUCAACUAUGCACUCGAGGGUUUCAAGCACCUUAAAUGCCUUGUCUUUUACUGUAUUUGAAACUAUGCCUGUUUUAAUGUGUAUUUAAGUACGUUUUGUACAUCAGCCGUUUGAAAUUUUGUACUUUUUCUUGUGACUGCAAAGGUAUUCACCAUUUAUGUUUACUCUGGUAUGAUAAGAACAGUCCAGACCUGUACUUGACAUGUUUCUUUUCUGUUCCUGUUGAUUUCUUUCCUCUUUUCUCCUAUAAUAGCCUCCCAUCUGUUACUGUAGAUAAUUGUGAAAUGACAGCAGCUAGCAGAGUAGAAAAUUAUAAACUUGAACAAAUUUAGCAGACUUAUUAGAUUACAUUAUAUCACGUGUUUCUGUUACAUCGUCCACCCUUGUACAUCAAGCCUACUGUAUGGAUCGGACAGGGAGAAGUUGGUUUAAGGUAUAGUGCAGGGCAAAGCAGAGUAAUUUAUGAUGUAAAUUUAUUAUGUAAGCCUGGAAAUGUUUACCAAACAAAUCUUGAAAGAUUUAUGUAAACAGGCAUCCUUGCACAUUUAGCUCAAGAUGGAGGAAACCAAUGCAAAUAUUGGAUUACUUCUUUUUAUGACAUGACAGUCAACACAACUCUGAAUGUAUAAUGUGAUUUAAUGUUUUAGGCAGGCAGAAAUUGUUUGAAUUUUGUGUUCCAUACAUUAGCAUGGUGUUAGCUGGAAUUGGUUGUUUAUUAAGGUCAGUUUACCCACAUCAUAUAAGCAUUUUUCAACCAUAUCCUUAGUUGUAAUGGGGGAAAAUGUGUCCAUUAAUAAUGUCAUGGCUAAUAUGGAUUAUCUCCGAGUCACAGACCUUUCAUUAUACCGUUGGAAUAAAAUAGGAAAGCUGUUCACAACAAGGUCUGUGCAUGGUCCCAGAAAUUUUGCUUUUCAGUUAUUCAAAAGUAAUUUUGUCAGCACCACAAACAAAAUUCUUUUGUACCUCCUUUUUGCGGAGUCAGCAGAAGUCUGUGGUGGAUAUUUCAAAACCUGACCAGUAACAUUACCACUAGGGGUUAAAUGUUUUUAGUGAUUUGUGUGAACUGACCUUUUAAUUAUAAAGCAGCAGCGACCACAGUGUACUCUCAGUUGCUUGGAGUAUUCUCUGCACUGUGGUUAAAGCCCAUUGUAAGAAAAGUGUAAGUGCCACUCACAGGCGCUGAAUGGAGAACUCUGCCCCUAGAGUCAGAGCAGGACUGUGUUUUUGUGUGGGGGUGAGACAGUGCUGCUGGUGAAGCACUCAUAAUAAAGCCUAGCCUGUUCAAUUUA